AUGGGUCUCCUCGCCCUCGGUACUCCUCUCAGCUGGGAGGAGACAAAGCCUCUCGCCGAGCAUAUCCGAGACCACGGUAUCACACAAUUCCUGAAUACCUGGGACCAGUGGAAGGAUAAAGCCGGGAAGGGGCUACUCUGGGGCGACGAGAUCGAGUACAUGGUUGCGUCGUUCGACGAUGAGCACAAGGCUGCGAGAUUGAGCUUGCGCCAGACUGAGAUCCUCGAAAAGCUCAAGAGCGUCACUCUCGACCCUGCCUUGGAAAAGUUCAAGCCCAAAAAAUGCGCCGAAAUCCCCACCUUCCACCCCGAGUACGGACGAUACAUGCUCGAGUCCACCCCCGGAGGUCCCUUCUCCGGCAACCCAUGCUCCCUCACCGCCGUGGAAGCCGACAUGCGCUUUCGCCGACAAAUCAUCCGAUCGCACUUGCAAGACACUGAAAUCCCGAUUACCAUCACCUCUUGGCCCAGGCUGGGAGUGACAGACAGCGCGUUUACUGACCCAGAGACGAAGCCGGAUGUGGAGAAGAGUAGUAGUAAGAGUCAGUAUGUGGGUGAGCUGUUGACGAACCCUCAUGCGAGGUUCCCGACUUUGACGGCCAAUAUUCGCGAGAGGAGGGGGAGCUUGGUGGAUAUCCGACUUCCGCUGUACAUUGACGAGAAGACUCCGAUCCCAGAAGGCUUUGACAGGCCACAGCUCUCCACCACCAGUGCUCGUGAGUCUCUUUCAUGCUCUAGUCGAUCUUUACUGACCUUGACCUUAGCUGGACGUGCCAAACCCCUGCCCGGCACGCCCUACAUCCACAUGGACGCGAUGGCUUUCGGCAUGGGCUGCUGCUGCUUGCAAAUCACGUUCCAAGCUUGGAACGUCGAAGAAGCGCGAAGAGUGUAUGACGCGCUGGUGCCCGUGGCUCCCAUUAUGCUGGCUUUGACUGCGGCGAGCCCGGCGUAUAGGGGACAGUUGGCAGAUGUGGAUGCGAGGUGGAAUGUGAUUGCUGCCAGUGUGGACGAUAGGACACCGGAAGAGAGGGGUUUGAAGCCGUUGAAGGACGACAAGUAUCGGAUUCCCAAGUCGCGAUACGACUCUGUCGACUUGUACAUUGCGAAUGACGAGCGCAACAAGCCCGAGUAUGUGGAUAUUGAUGUACCGGUCAAUCAGAAGGUCAAGAAGAGGCUGUUGGAGAAUGGCAUCGACGACAAACUCGCCAGCCACAUCGCCCACCUCUUCAUCCGCGACCCCCUCGUCCAAUUCUCCGAGACCAUCGACCAGGACGACAAAGAGUCCAUGGACCACUUUGAAAACAUCCAAUCCACCAAUUGGCAGACUAUCCGAUUCAAGCCGCCGCCUGUCAACUCGCCGAUCGGGUGGCGAGUCGAGUUUAGGAGUAUGGAGGUGCAGAUGACUGAUUUUGAGAAUGCGGCGUUCUCGAUCUUUAUCGUGCUGUUGACUAGGGCCAUUAUCAGUUUCAACUUGAACUUUUACAUGCCUCUGUCAAAGGUGGAUGAGAAUAUGCAGCGUGGUCAGCAGCGCGAUGCGGCUGCCAACAACAAGUUCUUCUUCCGCAAGAACGUGUUCCCUCUCGAAACUUCCUCUGGCUCCCGCUUCGACCCCCACUCCCGCCCAGUCUCUCCCCCAGGCUCUUCCGGCUCCUCCUCUCUCAACUCCCGCCCCAAUGGCAACAGCAACAGCAAAGGCCACCGCCCGAACGGUACCUCCCACGACCGCGCUCCUUCACCUACCGCCUCCUCCUGCAGCUCCUUUGCCGACGAGCUCGGGGACGACUUUGGUGAGAUGAGCUUGGACGAAAUCAUGAACGGCGACGGGAGGGGUUUCCCGGGGUUGAUGGGGGUUGUGAAUGCGUAUUUGAAUUCACUGAAUGUGGAUGUGAAUACAAAGUGUGAUAUCAGGAGGUACUUGGACUUGAUCAAGUUGAGGGCGAAGGGCGACCUUGUGACUCCUGCUACGUGGAUCAGGAGCUUCAUCACCUCGCACCCGGCGUACAAGCAAGACUCGGAGGUCACGGACGAGAUCAACUAUGACCUCGUCAAGGCCAUCGACGAGCUCGAGAGAGGUGUGAGGUCAGCCCCCGAGCUUUUGGGUAAAGACUAUGUUGGGUCAGGGCCUACGGGCUGUCUUUAA